GGCGGCGACGGCUGUGGAAGGAGCGCGGUGGCCCAUCAGCGGCCCCGGGGACCCCGCGCUGCUGACGGCGGCCGCGGCGACUUGCAGCGGGCGCGGAUCUCGGAGGCGCGGGCCCCAGCGCCGCCCCCCGGGACGGCCCCCUCCCCUCCCGCGGCCGUCCUCUCUCGUCCCUCCUCCUCCGUCCCUCCUCCCUCCUCCCUUGUCGCUCGCGGGCCGGGCCCGGCAUGGUGCGGCGUCGCGGCCGAUGGCGCUGAGGCGGAGCAUGGGGCGGCCGGGGCUCCCGCCGCCGCCGCCGCCGCCGCCGCCGCCGCCGCUGCCGCUGCCGCUGCUGCUGGCGGGUCUGGCCGCUCUGCUGCUGGCGGAGCCCGCGGCCGCAGGCCUGAAGCUCAUGGGAGCCCCGGUGAAGCUGACCGUGUCUCAGGGGCAGCCCGUGAAGCUCAACUGCAGUGUGGAGGGAAUGGAGGAGCCCGAGAUACAGUGGGUGAAGGACGGGGCUGUGGUCCAGAGUGUGGAUCAGGUGUACAUCCCAGUCAGUGAGCAGCACUGGAUUGGCUUCCUCAGCCUGAAGUCAGUGGAGCGCUCUGAUGCAGGCCGGUACUGGUGCCAGGUGGAGGAUGGGGGUGAAAUGGAGACCUCCCAGCCAGUGUGGCUCACAGUAGAAGGUGUGCCAUUCUUCACUGUGGAGCCGAAAGAUCUGGCAGUACCACCCAAUGCCCCUUUCCAACUGUCUUGUGAGGCCGUGGGCCCCCCUGAACCUGUUACUAUUGUGUGGUGGAGAGGAGGCACAAAGGUGGGGGGGCCCGCUCCCUCUCCCUCUGUUUUAAAUGUAACAGGGGUGACCCAGAGCACCGUGUUCUCCUGUGAAGCUCACAACCUUAAAGGCCUGGCCUCUUCUCGCCCAGCCACUGUUCGCCUUCAAGCACUGCCUGCAGCCCCCUUUAACAUCACAGUGACAAAGCUCUCCAGCAGCAAUGCUAGUGUGGCCUGGACGCCAGGGGCCGAUGGCCGGGCCCUGCUCCAGUCCUGUACGGUCCAGGUGACACAGGCUCCAGGAGGCUGGGAGGUCCUGGCUGUCGUGGUCCCCGUGCCGCCUUUUACCUGCCUGCUCCGGGACCUGGCACCUGCCACCAACUACAGCCUCAGGGUGCGCUGUGCCAACGCCUUGGGGCCUUCUCCAUAUGCCGACUGGGUGCCCUUUCGGACAAAGGGCCUAGCCCCAGCCAGCGCUCCCCAGAACCUCCAUGCCAUCCGCACAGACUCAGGCCUCAUCCUGGAGUGGGAAGAAGUGAUCCCCGGGGGCCCUUUGGAAGGCCCCCUGGGACCCUAUAAAUUGUCCUGGGUUCAGGACAAUGGAACCCAGGGUGAGCUGACAGUGGAGGGGACCAGGGCCAACUUGACAGGCUGGGAUCCGCAGAAGGACCUGACUGUGCGUGUAUGCAUCUCCAAUGCAGUUGGCUGUGGGCCCUGGAGUCAGCCACUGGUGGUCUCUUCUCAUGACCAUGCAGGCCAGCAGGGCCAUCCCCACAGCCGCACAUCCUGGGUGCCUGUGGUCCUGGGUGUGCUGACAGCCUUGGUGACGGCCGCGGCCUUGGCCCUCAUCCUGCUUCGGAAGAGGCGGAAGGAGACACGGUUCGGGCAAGCCUUUGACAGUGUCAUGGCCCGGGGGGAGCCAGCCGUUCACUUCCGGGCAGCCCGGUCCUUCAAUCGGGAGCGGCCUGAGCGUAUUGAGGCCACACUGGACAGCUUGGGCAUCAGCGAUGAACUCAAGGACAAACUGGAGGAUGUGCUCAUCCCUGAGCAGCAGUUCACCCUGGGCCGGAUGUUGGGCAAAGGAGAGUUUGGUUCAGUGCGGGAGGCCCAGCUGAAGCAGGAGGAUGGCUCCUUUGUGAAAGUGGCCGUCAAGAUGCUGAAAGCUGACAUCAUUGCUUCAAGCGACAUUGAAGAGUUCCUCAGGGAAGCGGCUUGCAUGAAGGAAUUUGACCACCCACACGUGGCCAAGCUUGUUGGAGUGAGCCUCCGCAGCAGGGCCAAAGGCCGUCUCCCCAUCCCCAUGGUCAUCUUGCCCUUCAUGAAGCACGGGGACCUGCACGCCUUCCUACUCGCCUCCCGGAUUGGGGAGAAUCCCUUUAACCUGCCCCUGCAGACCCUGGUCCGGUUCAUGGUGGACAUCGCCUGUGGCAUGGAGUACCUGAGCUCCCGGAACUUUAUCCACCGAGACCUGGCUGCUCGGAAUUGCAUGCUGGCGGAAGACAUGACAGUGUGCGUAGCUGACUUUGGGCUCUCCCGGAAGAUCUAUAGCGGGGACUACUAUCGCCAGGGCUGUGCCUCCAAAUUGCCUGUCAAGUGGCUGGCCCUGGAGAGCCUGGCCGACAACCUGUAUACUGUGCACAGUGACGUGUGGGCCUUCGGGGUGACCAUGUGGGAGAUCAUGACUCGUGGGCAGACGCCGUAUGCUGGCAUUGAGAAUGCUGAGAUUUACAACUACCUCAUCGGCGGGAACCGCCUGAAACAGCCUCCGGAGUGUACAGAGGACGUGUAUGAGCUCAUGUACCAGUGCUGGAGCGCCGACCCCAAGCGGCGCCCGACCUUCACGUGCCUGCGGAUGGAGCUGGAGAGCAUCCUGGGCCACCUGUCCGUGCUGUCCACCAGCCAGGACCCCUUGUACAUCAACCUGGAGCGAGCCGAGGAGCCCGCUGAGGGAGGCCCCCUGCAGCUGCCUGGCGGGGAGCAGGCCAGCAGCGGGGCCGGGGAUGGCAGCAGUGUGGGGGCAACCGGGGGCACCCCCAGUGACUAUCGGUACAUCCUCAGCCCUGGGGGGCUCGCUGAGCGGCCCGGGCAGGAGGAGGAGCCGCCAGAAAGCCCCGCCAGUGAGGCCCAGAGGCGGCUGCUGCAGCAGCAGGGCCUCCUGCCCCACAGUAGCUGUUAGCCCGCAGGCUGAGUGCGGCCGGGGCCAUGCUGCUGGCCGAGGACCCUGGCCCGGGCCGCGCGGCGUGGGGGCUCCUGUGGCAGUCCUCCCAAGCUGCGCUGGAAGCCUGGACGGACCAAAUGGCCCAAUCCCGGUUCUUCCUGCGGCCACUCUGGCCUGCCUGGCAUUGGCUCAGGCCGGGGCCCGGUGGAGGUGGGCCAGGCCUGGUUGCCUAAACCCAGGCAGCUGGCAGGAGGGGGGUGGUGGUUAUGUUUCCAUGGUUACCGUGGGUGUGGAGAGGAGUUGGGGGAGGGUAGAUCCAGCCCUGUGGGCCCCUACCCUCUGGCUGAGCUGCUCCUGCUGCUUUAGCGCAUACACUGAGGUGUCUGACCCUGGGGGCCCCAGCCCUGCCCAUGCUUGGGGUUUUAAGUGUCCAGGUUUGCUCUUCCUCACAAAGAGAUGCCCUUGUAUUAUUCCCCUGUAGGUGAGAGUUGGUAAGGGGUUGAUACAGUCAGGUCCCAAGUGCUGGGAGACAGUGGGGCAUUCUCAGGUCUGAAUCCUCGUCCCCUUCCUGAUGACCCAGACCACCUAGGCCAGGAGUCAAGUGCAGCUGACCAGGUCACAGCAAGGCAUGCUGGAUCACGGCAGGCUGCCAUUUGCCCAGCCUCUAAAGGCAGGGCACCCAGCCUGGCAAGAGGAAGGGGUGCUGUAGGCCUGCCCAGGAACGCGUGAGGCCCUCUUACGCCCUCCCACAGGCUGUCUGAGCAUGCUACCAAAUCCCAGAAUACCCUAAGACUAACAAAGGCAGCUGUGUCUGAGCUCAGUCCUUCCACGCAGCGUCCCUUAGCCCCAGUUUUCCCUCUCCCUGGAGACCCUCUUCUGUCCCGAAUCUCCAGAGACAGACAGAAAAUAGGCCUGGUGGCUGGCGUGGGUGAGGGGGAGUUACUGGAGCCUGGACCCCAGCCCUGGCUAGGGGAGCCCCUGGAUUGCAUGGGGCAGGCCCCUGCUGUUAGGGAUAUUUCCAAGCUGUUAGAAGCUGUUUAAAAACGGAAAUAAAAUUGAGAGCUAAAGACCCAAGGCUUUGUCUCUUAACUGUUUACUUUUUUCCAGAUCGCAAAAAUGAAGCAUCUCUGCAUAGAAAAAAAUCUGGAAAGACAUAUGCCAAAAUGUUAACAGCUGUUAUCUUUACAUGAUGUGAGUUAAAGGGACUUGUUUUCCUUUGUGCCUUCCAAGUUUUCUGCACUGAGCACAAAAUGCUUUUGUAAUUAGAAAAGACCCCAGAGAAUGUUAUCACAUUAAAGAUAAUACAUAGCCAGGUAGACAAUUAGGAAAAUGUAGAAAAUCAUUUUUAAAAGUGCCAAAUACCUAUAUUCCUACCACCUAGAGAUAGCCGCCCUUGACCUUUUGAAAACGUAAAUGUUUUGAAAAGCUUUGGCUGUUUCCUACCCCUCUAUCAGACUUUCCUUUUAUCUUUGGGUGUGGACACUUUGUUCUCACCUUUAUACCAUUGCUGGGAGCCAGGGGAAACUGGGAAGAAACAGGCAAAGAGAAUGGUUUGCCUCUUCAGAAUUAGAAGUAGGAGCAUGAAGUUUGCUUCUAAGUAUUUCCACCUGAACAUUUUAGUUUAGAAGCUUUAUUUAUUUAUUUUUAAAGAUUUUAUUUAUUUAUUUGACAGAAAGAGCACAAGCAGCGGGGAGUGGCAGGCAGAGAGAGAGGGAGAAGCAGACUCCCUGCUGAGCAGGGAGCCUGAUGCGAUGCGGGGCUCCAUCCCAGGACCCUGAGAUCAUGACCUGAGCUGAAGGAGGAUGCUUAACCGACUGAGCCCCCCAGGCACCUGAUAGUUUAGAAGCUUUGAGAGCAAGCUCGUGGGAGCAUGUAGCAGGAGGCAUGAGAACUGGGCCCUUCUCUGUGCAGAGGGGUGUGGGAAGACAGGGAGGGACACAGGUAUUGCCAUGCUGGCUAAGGGCAAUGGAAUGGGGCGGGUGCUUCUGAAAGCAAAUAUCCUGAAAAACCUGGUGCUGGUACUCCAGAUUCUGGUUGUCAUGUGGAUCGUGGAUCGUGAGACCUGAAUUCACUUCCAGGGAAGUGGCUUUCAGAAUGUUUCCUGCUGUGAUUAGCUUUAACUGCAGGUCAUGAUUACUUGCGAGGUUAUGUUUGGGAAUGAUUGAGAAGAGCUUUACUCUCAAAUAAUUGUCUGCCAUUAAUGGGCUCCUAUUAUGUGCCAGGCACUGCACCAAGCACUUCAUAUAUAUUAUCUCAUUUAAUACAGAGAGCAUUCCUACAAGAUGGGAAUAUAAUUAUCAUCCUCCGAUAGGACAGAAAUGAGGGUUAGUAACUUGUCCAAGGUUAUGUAGCUAAUGAAUGGUCAAUUCAGGCCUGAAACCCACUAAGUCAGAGAGCAGAGCCUGUGCUCCUUCUCCCCCCAGCAUUCCAGAGAGCACCCUGAAGCAGCUCUGUCAUGAUCAUGUUAUCUUUUGGGUGAAUGCAGGUCAGCAGUAGGCACCUUUUAAUGUACAGGAGGCUCCUGGGUGGCUCAGUCAGUUAAGCAUCCGACUCUUGAUCUCAGCUCAGGUCUGGAUCUCAGGGGUGUGAGUUUAAGCCCUCCAUUGGGCUCCACGCUGGUCAUGGAGCCUACUUAAAAAAAGUACAGGAGUUCUGGGGUGUGUGUGUGUGUGUGUGUGUGUGUGUGUGUGUGUGAGACAAAGUAAUUAAGUAGUAGUUACCCACCAGUAACUAAAUCUGUGUAAAUAAUUUUCUCAGCUCAGUCUUUUUUCCCCAAGCAUCUUGGCUCCCCCAUGGUGAAGGGGUUUGAGGUAGGUGAUAAUAGUAGAGUUUUUAAAAACUUUUUUUUGAAGUACAGAACACAUCUCAAAAAAAUAUGCCAAUCAGAAGUGCACAGUCCUUAAGAAUUUCCACAAACAGAUCCAAAUAACCAGCAACCAGAUCGAGAGACAAAUAUUACCAGCACUCUAGAAGCAACCCUUUAGGCCCUGCCCCAACCUCUGCCUCCUCCUACCUCCCCAAAGGUAACCUCUAUCCUGACUUACAACAUCAUGGAUGAAAGUAGCUCUUUUUAAAGUUUACAUAGAAAAAAAAUAAAGUUUAUAUAGACUCAUAUAGGUUGAUUAUUUUGUGUUUGCGUUCUUGGAUCCCACAAUAUGUUUUUCAGAAUCAUCUAACCAUACCAAUUUUGAGAAGUGGGAGUCAAAAAAAAGAGGAGUAGAACAGUGCUUCUGUUUUGUUUUAUAUUUUUGUUUUUUAUUAUGUGCCUAGCUCAGUGCCUCUCCUACCUCAAACAAGCUCCCUCAAACAAAUUACCUGAGAAUCUUGGUAGAAUGUGGACUCGGAUUCAGUAGGUCUAGGGUGGGGCCAGAGAUUCUGCAUUCUAACAAGUGCUUAGGUGAUGCUGAUGCUGCUGGUUCACACAUUGAGGUGCAAGCUCCAUCAGUAAUUUGAAAGGGUGCAGUAUGAAUUUGAAAAGUCAUUCAAUGCCUGCACUAUAUGAGCAUUCUAACAAAAUCCCACUAGUGGAAAAGAUUA